AUGAAGCUGCUGCUGCAGUGGGCUGCCUAUGCAGCACCUGAGGAGCACACGCAGACUUUGCAGGCCCGGCCCAGCUCCUUCGCAAUGAAGAGCAUUGACUACACCCCGCCAAAAGAAGAUCCACCUGCUGAACCCCGCGACAAGCAUGAGAUGGCGGCGGAGGACUAUGUGGACCCGGAUACCUUUCCAGAGAACCGCUAUCCCAACGGCAAGCUGAAGCCCCACGGUCAGAAGAAGAAGUGCGAUGCCGGCAUGGACUUCGCAGAAGUUUGCCCCAUCGGCUGGACCUACGUGUCCUCGGGCCAGUUCGGCCCAGAGUGCCAAGCGCCCGCGAAUUUCUACACCGAGCCUCGCUGCAUCAGACUCGGUCAUUCCGGUGGCUGGUGCCGCCAGCAGCUGGGACCGCGACAGGCCCUUGCUGCUUCCCUGGAUGUGCGGGCCUCAGAGACCGAGCUCGAGCGGCACUCACGGGCACCCCAAUUCAAGUUUGAGCGGGAGGAUGCUCGGAUCACGGGCGCGGCUCGCUUUUCCGUGCCUUCCGAUGACCCAUGGUGUAACUGGAUCCUGGGCCGAUUGGUGCUGACGUGGAAGACCUGGUUCCCCAACCUCACUCGAACUGUGAGUAGCUGGAGCCUGGCUGACGACAUGAAGUUACCCAAUGUUGUUGCCCGCAUGCAUGAGAGCCGCGAGAGGACGUUGAAGGAGACUGCAGGGAUCUGGUCCUUGCUCAUCGAGUCCUUUUGGCUUCCCUACUUCCUGCUCGUGAACUACUACUCUUUUGGGGACCUGCUGCAGGUCCCCUGCUUUCUGAGCGGUGCUUUGGCGGUGCCCCCUUUGCUUCACAUCUGCCAGCCGGAAGUGAAGUUGACAGCGGCUUUGAUGCAGCGCACAGUGCUGUCAUUGAGCGUUGCCAUCCUUCUUAGCAGCAUUGGCUUCCCUCGGGAGCUUUUGCCCAUCCUCUAUGUCGCGCGCAUCAUGGUCGGCACCUUUUGCAUGGACGGCAACCUCACGAAUCGCAUAAAUGCCUGUCUGGCUCCACUGUACGUGUGUUCCAAUUGGAUGCAGGACGAGCAUGCGACGGAGUUGCAGCUCAUGUUCAUGAUCAUUGCGGAGGCGUUCUUCUGUUCGGUUACGGCAUUGACGCUGGCAACUCUGAAUUACAAGGAGUACCAGCUCGCCUUAGCCAGCCUCAGGCUGCAGGCGAAGGUUGAAGAAGUGGAGGAGGCAGAGCGUUCUGGGGGUGCAGCGCAGCGCUUGCUCAGCGUGACUUGCGAUGCUUUCGCGCGGCUCAAUGAUGAUCUCAGGAUAGCGACAGCCUCAAGAGGUUUGCUGGAUAUCCUGAUGUGCGGCUUUGGCAACGGCUGUCGCUUGGAAGGAGUACCAUUCAUCCGCUACGUUGCCUCCAAUGAUCAAGAACGCUUCAAAGACUUCCUGGUGGAGUCUGCCAAGGAAGAUGCACCGCCCAGGUCGAUUCAUUUGGACAUGAAGGACUCCGGAGGGAUCACCUUCAAGGCGGAGCUGUUCCACGUCUCUGUGCCAAGCCUCAAGUCCGAUGCCAAAGAGCAUUUGAUCGGCAUCAGCCAGGAGCAUGCGGAGAAGGAGCUGAUGAAUCACAGCAUAGCUCAGCACGAUCAUUUCCCCGUGGCGGACAUGCGGCACCUCCUGGGCCAGCGGAUGGAAAAAGAGCGCCCCAUGUCCCGGCUGCGGCCAGAGAAGCAUGCGGACUCUAAGUCAGAGGGUGGCGGCAGCAGGUUGUCAGCCUCUCACAGCUCCAAAAGCUCUCGGACCACCAGCCUUGUCAAGCUGCGUAUGCUUCGGAAGGUGGAGCUCGUCAUUGACUUGGACUCCUUGGAUGACGACUUUCCGCUCAAGUCUGUAACGCUCUGCUUUGCGCAGAGUGAAGAUUGCCCAAAGGAGGCGCUGCCGAAUUUGCUGGAGUGGAUAAAGCCAAGCUACAGGGAAAAGGUCUUCAACUGGGUGCAGGACAACGCAAAUGCAAGCCACGCAGGCCAGAAAUGCCAGGAGACGGCCGUGAGAGGGGUGAAGUUCUUCUCCCCGCUGUCUUCGGCUAAGACCAUCUUAUCUGGUGCCACUUGGCUUUCCGCCCGCCACCUACCCAAUAUCCAUCCAAUUUAG